CUUUUCAACGGCUGGCCCUCUACGGAGGCGCAAGUCUUGCUUUCUCUCACACCGCUUCAAAAAGAGAGAAAAAGAAAAGAUAUUAACAUGAUUCUUGCCAGGGGACUUUACAGCGAGUCACCGCCAGAGCGGCGUGGUCGCAUUGAGAACAAUCCGACUCUGCUUUACAGUUGGUGGUGCACCAUCUUCUCCGCUAGCAUCAUCGCAACCCGACUUGUUGGCCGAUAUAUGCGAAAUGAAUACCUCUUCCGCGAAGACAAGAUCAUGGCCUUGAGCAUCAUUCCCUUGUUCGCUCGCAUGGCUCUCAUACACGUUGUUCUCGUCUAUGGCACCAACAAUGCCGACACGGAUGACCUGACCGACCCUCUCGAGAUCCACCGUCGUGAGAUUGGAUCCAGGCUUGUCCUCGCAGCUAGGAUCUUCUAUGCGCUCUUUAUCUGGAUGGCCAAGUUCACUCUCUCCGAGUUCUUGAAGCGGAUGACGGAUCGCUUUUGGAAGAAGGGCUACAAUAACAUUCUUCAUGGCAUCCGAAUCGUCCUUGGCGUUACCUUCGUCGGCGUCGUCGUGUCAACCGUGUCCGAGUGUCAACCCUUCCACCAUUACUGGCAAGUCAAGCCUAGUCCUAGCCCGCAGUGUCGACAGGGUUAUGCGCAUCUCCUCACCAUGGGUAUUACCAAUAUCUUGACCGAUCUGCUUCUCGUCAUAUUCCCCAUUCCGAUCAUUUAUGGCUCCGCUAUGACCCUCAAGCGCAAGCUGUCGCUCAUCUCCCUCUUCUCCAUGUCCCUGGUCCCUGUAGCCAUUACCUCAACCCGCAUUGCGCUUGUCAUCAAUCGACAUGGCUUGCAGCAAUUCCGCUCCGUGUUUGCGUCUUCGGACAUUCUCGCGGCUGCAGUCGUCUCCAACGCGAUCAUCCUGGGAUCGUUCCUGCGUGACCGCGGUGUGAAGAAACCAAAGUACAAAGCGAGCUCGACCGUUGAUAGUUUCGACCGUCGAUCGUCGCUUCGUCGACCAAGGACCUUGCAGCACAUGGACAGUGACGAAGAUUUUGCGAGGUCAAUGGGCUUUCGCACCAAUCCAGAAUUAUCCGGAGGACGUUCCAAUGUCGCGAGGCCAGCAAGAGUUGCCGAUCUUGCGCUGCUGAGUUCGCAUGGACAAUCGGCGCCUCCCUUCGCGAACAGCACCUGGAACUUUCCGAAGCGACAAUCGGGAGUCUCUGAUUAUAAUGCCGAUUGCGACAAGACCUAUGAGGACCCCAUGCCGAGUCCGCGCCAGGGCCGGAGGGUUUCCUUCUACGAUGUCGGUGGUCUAUUGGAAACCGGACAUGCUGUUUCGCCCACGGAUUCUGUUGUGUGUCAGGACUUUGCCACGGCACAGCCUCGGCGCACCUCACGCUACUCUCAGCAGUCCGAAGACAUUGAAAUGUCUCGACUUGUUCGCCAGCAGCUCGAUCUUCGAAGCUUCCUGUCGCGAGGAAACUCAAUUUCCAGGGGACACCACAAUCCCGAAGAGCGCACUGAAUCACGUCGUGCCAUCCUUCGCAACAGCAUCGAGACAAACACUGCUUCCCUCGAGGACUCUGAAGGCCACACCACUCCUUCCCUUUAA